AUGGGCACGGCUGAAGCUUUCAUUGUUGCCCUCCCAGUUUUGCUGUUUGAUGGUCUGAACUACAGCCAUAAAGCAGGACGCAGCAGUUUAAGCAGCGUUGAGUUAGACAUGAGGGAACGUUGCUUAAUAAAUCACGCUUGGUACAGUAGCAAAACUCUGGAAACUUCAGGGCAAGCCUUUAAUGAGCAGCAGUAUAGUUCCUCCGUGGUGGAAAAGAAGCGUUUACAGAUGCCCUCUCCAGAGUACAUAGUUGAUGUAGAAUCUAUGGACAUUUUCCCCGUUGGCUGGUGUGAAGCAAAUGCUUAUAACCUAACGCCACCACACAAAGCUGUUUUGCGAAGGAAGAGAAGAAUUGCAGUUGUGCAACCAGAAAAGCAGUUACCAUCCACAGUGCCUGUUGAGAAAAUACCUCAUGACCUCUGCCCGGUUCCUCAGCCAGACACAACAGGCACCAUCAAUGGGAGAUACUGCUGCCCCCAGCUCUACAUCAACCACCGCUGCUUCUCAGGUCCAUAUUUAAACAAAGGCAGAAUAGCAGAGCUACCUCAGUCUGUCGGGCCUGGCAAGUGCGUGCUGGUCCUCAAAGAGGUUCUCAGCAUGGUGAUCAAUGCAGCUUACAAACCAGGGAGUGUUUUACGAGAACUGCAGCUAGUGGAAGACCCUCAGUGGAAUUUCCAAGAAGAAACCCUUAAAGCAAAAUACAGAGGGAAGACAUACAGGGCGACUGUUAAGAUUGUGCGAACCUCGGAUCAGGUAGCGGAUUUCUGCAGAAGAGUCUGUGCAAAAUUAGAGUGCUGCCCCAACUUGUUCAGUCCUGUUCUGGUGGCUGAAGUCUGUCCAGAGAACUGCUCCAUUCAUACUAAAACCAAGUACACUUAUUAUUAUGGAAAGAGGAAAAAAAUCAUUAAGCCACCAAUUGGGGAAAAUAACAACAUGAAGAGUGGGCAUGUCAAGCCAGCCAGACGCAGGAAGAGGCGGAAAUCCAUCUUUGUGCAGAAGAAAAGAAGGUCAUCAGCUGUUGAUUUGAAUGCUGCAGGCUCUGCAGAGGAGACCGAAGAUGAUGAGCCGGACGCGAUGGAGGACGAGACGGGAAGCGAGGAAACCAGCUCAGAGCUCCGUGAUGACCAAACGGAUACCUCCUCUGCUGAGAUCCCCUCUGCCAGGCCCCGGCGAGCAGUCACCUUGCGGAGCAGCACCGAGUCGGACCGACCUCCUGCCAUGGAGAGAGCCCGACGGAGCCGGAGACCGCAGCCCCACUCCUACAAUGAGUCAGAGAAGUGCCCACAAGUCAAGGAAGAAAUGAAGCAAGAAGAGGAAGAGAAGCUCAUCCUGGACAGUAAUCCGUUGGAGUGGACCGUGACUGAUGUCGUGAGGUUUAUUAAACUGACCGACUGUGCACCCCUUGCCAAAAUAUUUCAGGAGCAGGACAUCGAUGGCCAAGCCCUUCUGUUGCUGACACUGCCCACGGUGCAAGAAUGCAUGGAGCUGAAGCUUGGUCCAGCCAUUAAACUCUGUCACCAGAUCGAGCGAGUAAAAGUUGCUUUCUAUGCACAGUACGCCAACUGA